AUGCAGUUGAUGCAGAAGUAUGCAAAGGAUGAUGGUACUAUUGGCAUCGAUAAUCUGAAUCGAUGGUCAGAGAGUUCUGAGCCGGUAAAAUUUUUGUUGAUGACCAACACUACAACGUCUAUUCAAGAAUUGAUGCAGCACGCAUUCCUCAAGCUUCCAUGGCGCAAAGAAGAGCUGGAAUUGCUACAUGAGUUGGCGUCGUUUUGCCGGCGGGCAUACAAAUAUCAUGAGUAA